CUCUUCGCAUUUAUCCUUAAAAGCUACAAACUCUCUUUCCUCACAAAUGCACUGUUUGAAAAGAAAGACCACUCUCCGCCAAAUCACUACGGCCAAACUACCGCCGUCUCCACCUCUCCUUCCACCCCACUGAAGAUGGACGCCAGGAUAUGGAGCAAGCUGCCGGAGGAGCUCCUCGAUCUUGUCCUCUCUUUCCUCCCUCUCAAAAACUUCCUGAUUCUCAGAUCGACCUGCAAGCGCUUCAAGUCCCUGUUAUUCACUUCCUCCUUCGUCUUCAAGCACUCCUCCGCCUUCCUCCUCCUCUCCCACCCUCAGUGCUUCCGCCACUUCCCUCUCUACGACUCCGACGCCGCCACCUGGCGCAAGCUACCUCUCUCUCUCUGCGCUCCGCUACCCUGCGCUGCAGGCGCAGCAGCACAAGCCUCCCUCCUCUGUGCUUCCAAUGGGUUGCUCUGUUUCUCUCUCCCCAAUUCGUUUCUCGUCUUCAAUAUUCUGACCAAGUCCUCGAGAGUGAUCAAAUUUCCAGAUUGCCCUUUUGGAUUCGAGCUUUUCUCUUUGAUAUCCACCCCUGCUGGGUACAAUCUGUUCAUGCUCUCUUCUGGGUCGUCGUCGAAAAGCACUUUAGUCUACCAUUCAAAGGCGCGAUCGUGGCAAAAGUUUGACUAUACCGAGACGAUUUUAAGCGACAAUUGUCACCAGAAGGGAGUUCACUUCAAAGGGUGUUUGUAUUUCGUGACGCCAGAACCGUUUUCGAUUGUCUGCUUCGAAUUCGAGAGCGGGAAGUGGGAAAGACCGAUUCCGGAGCUUCCGACAGAGCUCGUGUUUGCUCGGCUUGUCAGCGGAGGAGGAGGGAAGAAGCUGUAUCUGAUUGGUGGGGUCGGCAGGAAUGGGAUUGCCAGGAGCUUGCAAGUGUGGGAAUUGGAAUUUGGCGGCGGGAUGAAGUGGGUGGAGGUGGAAAGCUUGCCGGACAGGAUGUGCAAGAAACUGAUGUCCGUUUGCUUCCAUAACUACGAGCAUCUGUACUGCUUUUGGCAUCAGGGUUUGAUCUGCGUCUGCUGCUACAAUUGGCCAGAGAUUUUGUACUUCAAGAUCUCGAGGAGGACGUGGCAUUGGAUCCCCAAAUGCCCGUCUCUGCCGGAUAAAUCCAGCUGCGGAUUCCGGUGGUUUUCAUUUGUACCGAACUUCCAUUCAUCUGCCUGAGGAGAAAGACUUCCCUGAAGCGACGCACAAAGAUGAUUAAGUUUAGUUGUUUUUUUUCUUUCUCAAUUUCUCCUUCUGCUUCUAAUAAGUAGUUGGGUUCUUUGCUUGAUUCGAUUCUGCUUCUGUAUGUAUUCAUAAAGGGAAAUCUGUUUAGAGAGUAGAUUUUUUAUAUUUUAUAUUUGUGGGAUUUCAGAA